AUGAAGCUCAUCACUGUCGCCGCAGCUACGACCGUCUUUUCGACGGCCAAUGCGCUGUAUAUCCCCAACAACCAUGCCCAGAGAUAUCCACCACACCGUGAUGAUGGUAGCUACUACGUCAAGGAUCCUUACUACCUCCCCAGCGAUUCUAAACCUGAUCCAAUCGAAGUGAUCAAGCUGGGGCUCAUGAAGCCGUAUCGGGCAAGCCCUAUUGUGUCUAGACCAAAGCUGAUUGUCGAGACCAAGACGCUUCCAGAACACAUCACCCCUCCUGAAGACAAGAAGAAUGAACACGUUCCAUAUGUCGAGGGAUGUACGAGCGCGCAAUACAAGAGCGAGGAAUCUGACCAUUGUGUGCACUACUCUCACAUCGAGGCUCACAAAGCUGUUCCUCGUUCUCUCGAGAAGCGCCAAAAAGGACCUGACCCAAGCAAGGUUGAUGUUGAUGAGCCGGAGGAUGCGAUUGCGCCCCUCCUCCGGCCUCUGGACGAAGUCGCGCAACGAUACAAGCCUCUGAUUCCCAAGAACCUCGGAGUCAAGAAGAAUGGAACCAACGAGAAUGAGGUCAAGAAGAAUGAAAGGGUGAUCAUUUACCCCAAGAGCAAGCCCAAACAGAACAAACACGAGUUCCUGGAGGGUCUCAUUGGCAAGAUUGAGCAGCAAACCAAGGGAUCUAACGCAUCGGGGACCGAAAACCAUGGCAAGGAGACGGCAAACGGGAAGGAUUGCGACAAGGAGAAGAAUGACGAGCUCCUGGAGGAUGUCAUUGACAACGUUGAGCAACGAGUCAAGCCUCAGACACCGAAAUUCUCUCAAGACAAAGACAAGGCGACUGAGGGCGCCGAUGAGGAGCUCCUCGAGGAUCUCAUCGAGAAAGUUGAGGAACGAGUCAAGCCCCAGAUACCCAAGGAGAAAGGCGAAGUGGCUAAGGACAAGGAUGAGGUCUUGGAGGAUCUCCUGGAGCAAGCCAAGCUACAACACAAGACCCGGGUACCUCGAUGGUGGGGCGCGCCCAGCCCGAUUGAAUCGAGACUCAAGAAGAAGAAGCUAGAGAAGAAGAAGUUGAGAAAAGUGAGCCUCAGCUCGCCCGGGGAAGGGCUGAGGGGUUACUCGCCCGAGUAUCUAUCAGGACUACUGCGACUCGAAUACGACGAGCUGUGUAAGAAGAACCCCAAGAACUGCAUCAAGGCAAAGGGCUCUGCGAGGCAAUUCACACGUCAGUCUCUGGAGGCCAAGGCGCGACUCGAGGACAUGAAGAAGUACGCCAUGAUGCACACUUCGCCCGACGACUUUAAAGCUCAGCGGUUCCGCGCGGAUGAGACGGCUGAGAAGGUUGCAGAGCUCGAGUUCUGGAAUGGCGGGAUAAGGGGAGCCGUGCACGCGCCAAAGAAGAGUCCCGAGGAGGCGGACAAGUUCCACAAGGAUGUGGAGGAGCUGGGUAUUCGUAGGGAUGCGCGCGACUUCUCUAAUGGCGGCACAGAACACGUCAAAGCCCCUUUUUGGGGUAUUUUUUGGACGUCGGCCUAA